ACAGCAAUCUAAAUCAAACAAUCUGGAUUGACAACCUACAAUUCUGUCUCUGGCUAUGGCACUCUUCAAAGCCACUGUGGACCAUUAUGAAAUCAUAGAGUCUUUGUUUACAUUAGGUGAAAUGGAUCAUCAGAGAUGCUUUGAUUACUGGAAGCCCAGCACCUACAUGAAGGCUGACAUAAUCCUAGGUGCAUUUGUCCCCAUUUACAUCACAAUAGAAGGAUUCUACAAAAGCCAUAUAUUUUUUGAGAUCAAACCGGAUAUAUUGGAUAAUUUUCCAGAGAGAUGGAAAAACCAUCAAUAUUUGCUGGCCUUCUACUUUGCCAUUGAGGAGAUCAAUAAGGAUGUCCACCUGCUUCCCAAUGUGACCUUGGGUUUCCACCUCUACAAUGCCUUUAACUCCCACCGGAGAAUCUUGGAGGGCCCUCUGAUGUGGCUGUCUGGAAGGAGUGAGUUUAUCCCUAACUACAAAUGCAAAACUCAACACAAAGCUCUUGGAAUCAUUGCGGGAACCAGGCCUGAAUUUUCUGCUGCAAUUGGAACACUUUUAGACCUCUACAAAGUUCCACAAGUCACAUAUGGAACUUUUGAUUCUAUGCUAAGUGACAGAGAUACAUUCCCAUCCCUUUACCAGAUGUCUCCUAAAGACACAGCUCUAACCAAAGGGGUGACCUCUCUACUGCUGCACUUUGGCUGGAAGUGGAUAGGGCUCAUCGUGUCUGAUGAUCUGAAAGGAAAGGAGUUCCUCUCUGACCUGAAAGCAGAGAUGGUAUCAGAAGACAUCUGUGUGGCUUUUACAGAAAAACUCCAGUCUAAUUGGAAGUUUCAGAUCAUAUCUGAUGUUGGGUUGGUGAAUUUGAUCAAACAUACACAAGCAAAUGUGCAUGUAUUCUAUGGUGAUAUAGAUGCCUUAGUAUUUUUCUGCAUGCAAAAUGAAAUCAUGAAAUCCAUAAGGAAGGUGUGGAUCAUGGCAAAGUCCCACUUAGUUUACUUAGAGUCUGUAUUCUAUGAAAACAAUUAUUUGAAGGACUUUUUUGAAGGAAGCUUCUCAUUUUCAAAGAAGAGAGAUAUCCCUGGCUUCAAGCCCUUUCUAGAGGCACUUACACCCUCCCAGUACCCAGGAGAGCUUUACUUUAAUAAAUUCUGGAUUGACAAUUUUUAUUGCUCACCUCCUCCUCUGCUAUGUGGAAAUCAUAAACCCUGCCCACUGAAUACAUCCCUAAAGAGAAAGCAAGAAAUAAAUGUGAUGACCACUUCUGAGCCUAGCGUUUCCAUAUGGAAUGCAGUGUAUGCAGUGGCCCACACCCUCCAUAAAAUGCUUUUGAGGACAACAGGAAUGGGAUCUCAUGAAGACACAAACCACGACAGGCUUCUACCCUGGCAGACUCCUCAAUCUGUAUGUACACAGAGCUGUGGUCCAGGUUUCUGGAAAAUUUUAGAAGAUGAAAGACCAAUCUGCUGUUUUUCUUGUAUGCUUUGUCCAGAGAGUUACAUUUCCAACCAGACAGGUAGAGAAUUAAUAUUUUCCUCAAUCUAUCAGCAGGAGUGUAUCCCUUGCCCACUUCAAGAGUAUCCAAACCCUGAGAGAAACAAAUGCUUUCUGAAGUCAGUGACAUUCCUGUCCUUUGAGGAUUCUUUGGGCAAGGCUUUGGCCUGCACAGCUCUGUGCUUCUCUGUCAGCACAGCUGUAGUUUUGGGGAUCUUUCUCAAACACCAAGACUCACCCAUUGUUAAGGCCAAUAACCGGACGCUCAGCUUCAUCCUGCUCAUCUCCCUCCUCCUCUGUUUUCUAUGUUCCUUUCUCUUCAUUGGCCACCCAAGCACAGCCUCCUGCAUAUUGCAGCAAAUUGCAUUUGCACUUGUGUUCACUCUGGCUCUGUCCACUGUUUUGGCCAAAACUAUAACUGUAAUUCUGGCCUUUAGAGCCCUGAAGCCAGGAAGAACAAUGAGAAGGCUGCUUGUCUCAGGCAUCCAUAACUCUGUCAUCCCCAUCUGUGUCCUGAUCCAGCUUAUUCUUCUUGGAGUCUGGCUGGGAACCUCGCCUCCCUAUAUUGAGGCAGAUGCACACUCUGAACAGAGUCACAUCAUCAUUUUGUGCAACAAGGGCUCACUUACUGCUUUCUACUGUGUGCUGGGAUACUUGGGGAUCUUGGCCCUAGGGAGUUUCACUCUGGCUUUCCUGGCCAGGAACCUGCCUGACACAUUCAAUGAAGCCAAGUUCCUGACAUUCAGCAUGCUGGUGUUCUGCAGUGUCUGGGUCACCUUCCUCCCUGUCUACCACAGCACCAAGGACAAGGCCAUGGUGGCUGUGGAGGUCUUCUCCAUCUUGACUUCUAGUGCAGGGCUGCUAGGAUGCAUCUUUUUCCCAAAGUGCUACAUUAUUCUUGUUAAACCUGAUGAAAACUCUUUGAAAUAUUUGAAGAACAAAAUACAAUCUAGAUAA